AUGGCUCUUAGUAUUGAUGCAGUCAUUGAUCAAUUACACAAUGAAAUGUUUCCAUUCGAAGCUAGUGGAAUAUCAUCCGAUGAAGAAGACGACUUGGACAGACGUUUGGCGAUGUCAGAUAGCGACGCAAGGCAAGUAUUUACAUGUUUUUAGCGAACAGAUGUUUUCAAGUCAUGGUCGAAGGAUUAAAUUUACAUUUGACGCAAUGUGAACUUUGACGCACAUUUGCCAUAAGAGUUUGAUCUAUAAACUAAGAUCUGAUACGAAAUAUAACAAAUAUACUAAGGCAUUUAUUUGAGAGUUCUGUCGUUUAUAUUGUCACAAAAAUCAAAGGUUUGAAACGAUAUCAAAAUGUGUUAGCGUCAUGUUGCACACGUGGCAUAAGUGGGCAUUUAAAAAAUUAAUUUAUGCAUUUUUGUUUAUAUCAAGUAAGAUAAUAGCAUGUAUCAGUAUGUUUAUAGUGUUUUGUCUUUUUAUAGUGAUGAAGAACCUGCUGAUGAAGAAGAUGAUGAUUUUGAAGUAGAUGACGAAGAUCCGAAUUGGGAGGAGGAUGGUGAUUUAGGGGAGGGUAGUGGUGGAAGGGGCCGAUCCCCAAUUAGGAGACGGGCUGACUCCCCUAAUGGUACUUCUGGCAAUACGGGGAAGAGGCAGCAGGGCCAGGGGCAGUGGGGCCAGGGGCAGUUGGGGCAGGGGCGCUAG